GCAUAACAUGUUACGAGCUUCCAAUUGCAAACUAGAGAUUGUGAAUUGAAACUGAAAUUUUCAUGAGAUGUCACUCCAUUGAUUCCAUGUCUUGUGGUGCUACGAUGCUUUCAUCUUUGGUGUCCUUUUGAUGUUAUGAACAAAAAUAAUGCAUUAUCAAAAGCGAUCUAGCAUCCUCGAACUUCUGAAGAUCUUAAGACACCAGGACAACAAAAUAAAAUGAAAAUCACGUGGCAUAGUAAAUACACCUAACUGUCUCCCAAUAUAUGCCAUUUGUCCAGGAGACCAUACAAUUUUUUUUGAAUUGUUUGAUUGCUUAUCACAUGUGUCAUUUUAAGAACUACAACGGUGAUUAACCUCACACAAACAAUCCUUCAGAGGCCAGCGUGCAGUUGGUCUUGAACAUAAAUGGCAGAGCAACAUUUCUGACGCUCUCUCAAAAUUUCUUAGUUGGAAUGUACAGUAAUUUUUAUUAAUUCAUACAAAUGGGACGUCAGAUUCUUUUAGCAUGAUAAAUCAAAUGUCCGAAAUGACAAAUUGUGUUGCCGUGAGGAUGAUAAUUUUCUUUAGCAAGCAUGAUAAAUCUGUCGUGUUUAGUUUUUGGCAGGAUUAUCUACGCUCGCUAAAUGAAAUUGUCAUCUCCCCGACAAUAUAUUUUGCUAUAAAAAUCGUUUGAUUUACUAUUGCCUAAAAAUCGGACGUUUGAUUUACUAUUGCCUAAAAAUCGGACGUUUGAUUUUUAUCAUUUUUGAUUAAUUAAUGGUAAAUUUGCUUCAGGUAAGAAGUUACAAGAACCAGAAGCAAACACUGGCAUAACAACACCAGCAAGAUUCCCCUUCUCCGGUGACACAAAAACAAUGCUCGCUCUCCGGCCACCUCCCCAGCAAUGGCACACACCACACUCCUCCUCUACACUGUCAUCUCACUCUCGCUCUCCCUUGCAGCUUCAGUUCUUGCGCCACCGCCUGACACCACCCAACAAGCACCGACGACGGUGCGGGCCGGCUACUACUUCGCCGCCGACGCCGACCUCUGGCCCCUCUCGGCCCUCGACGUUUCCCUCUACACUCACCUCUACUACUCCUCUCUCUCCGUGCACCCCACGCGGCACACGCUCCAGCUCCCAGCCGACCUGGCCCAGGCGCGCCUCCUCGCCAACUUCUCCCGGGAGCUCAAAGGGAGGAACCCGGCGCUCAGGACCCUUCUCUCCCUCGCCACCGCCGGCGCCGAAGAUGCCGCAGCAGGCGCCACCACGGCAUCUGGGGACCCCGCGUUCGCCGCCAUGGCCGCGGACCCGACGUCGCGGGUCGCGUUCGUCGACGCGGCCGUUCGGGUGGCGCGGGAGAAUGGCUUCGACGGGAUCGACGUCGCGUGGCGGUUCCCGGCGUCGGCGGUGGAGAUGGCCGACUUCGGGUUCCUUGUGGCCGAGUGGCGCGCCGCGGCGCCCCAGGGGUUCCUGCUCACGGCCACCGUCUACUUCUCUAACCACGUGUUCGGCGCGCCGUUCGCCGGCGUGGACUACCCUUCGGAGGCGCUCGCGGGGAGCCUCGACUGGAUCAACGUGAUGGCGUUCGGGCUCCGGCCGGCCGGCGCAGCGGCCAACGUCACGGCCUUCGACGCGCCGCUGUACGACAGGGCGUCGCACUUCUCGGUGAGCUACGGCGUCGUCUCCUGGCUCGACGCGGGCGUCCCGGCGGGCAAGGUGGUCAUGGGGCUCCCGCUCUACGGCCGGUCGUGGUUCCUGCGCAAUAAGGCCAACAGCGGCGUCGGUGCGCUGGUCGUGGCCGCCGGGCCGAAGCAGCGCGGGAGCAACGCGACGGGGGCCAUGUCCUACGCCGAGGUGCAGGCGCUCACCGCGACCGCGGGCGGACGCGCGCCGGUGAUGACGUCGUACGACAACGCCUCCGUGUCGUCGUACCUGGCGGUGGGCGACGUCUGGGUCGCCUUCGACGGCGCGGCCGUCGUCGCCGAGAAGCUCGGCUUCGCCGCGCGGUGCGGCCUGCUCGGCUACUUCCUGUGGCCAGUGAACUACGACGACUCCAACCUCACGGUAACCAGGAGAGCAUCUGAGGUCUGGGAGCAGAGCAAAAUUUCGUCGGAUUUGAGGAACGUCACGGGCGUCCGGCAGGGGAAAGCCCCAUUUGAGCUGCCGCCGGCUCUCGGGUCGCCUUCGCCGGUGCCCGUGCCGACGUCCGCAUCGUUCUCAUGGCUGUGCCGGAAGAAGCUGCAUUUGUCUGUACUAAUUCUCCUCUUAUAUUAACUUAUAUUAACUGGUGCCUUCCCCGUCUCUCCUCUGUUCACUCCAACAUCGAGGGAUUAGGAUCUCAGAUGUAGCAUCAGCAGUUUCGAAUUUUCUACACGGUUUUAUAGUUCAGAAAGUGAAGAGAGUGCGCAUCAACAAGACAACAGUAGUGUAAAUCACAUUUCAGUUGUCAUAUUGGUUUUUACUGAAAAAGAGAAGCUGUCAAAUUGGUUUUGUUGGCCAAUGACUUUGAGCUUACAGCACUAUGUAUAAACGAAAUUGCUCUGCGGA